UGAUCAGUUAAUGUUGGUCAAUCAAUAAGAACGGUUGGUUGACUUGUGAAGUGGUUUUUUUAUUUGUGGGUAGAGCGAAAGUAAAUAUUGGAAAAAAGAGAGAAAUAAAAACGGGCAAAUAACUAAGGAACUGUUUAAAAAAUCACCAAAGAUGUCAAUGGAUACGACAUCUAAAGAGAAAUCAACUUCGGUUGCCACUUUAAGUGAUUUUCAUUCAAGAACAAAUCUUACCGAGAAAGGGCAACAGAUUGAUGAAUAUGAUCCCUUUGCAAAUCGUGAUCAAGCAAAUGGUUCUUCAACGAGUGGAGCUUUGGCACAUUUGCUCAAGUCCUCCCUGGGUACUGGUAUCUUGGCUAUGCCUUUAGCCUUCUAUAAUGCUGGUCUGGUAUUUGGUAUGGUUGGAACGCUAGUAAUUGGUUUCCUCUGCACUUAUUGUGUGCAUAUUCUGGUAAAAACUUCACACAACAUUUGCAGAGAUGCCAAAGUUCCAUACUUAGGCUUUGCCGAAACAGCUGAAAAGGUUUUCGAAUAUGGUCCAAAGUCCCUAAGACCAUGGUCUAAUUUUGCCAAACAAUUUGUCGAUGGUUCUCUAAUGGCCACAUAUUAUGCUGCAGCUUGUGUUUAUAUUGUUUUUAUUGCAACCUCAUUCCAUGAUGUAAUCAAUUAUGAUCUCAAGAUUAAUUGGGAUGUUCGCAUUUAUAUUGCGCUAACACUGAUACCAUGUCUAUUGAUAGGACAAAUAAGAAAUUUGAGAUGGCUGGUUCCAUUCUCUGCCUUGGCUAACCUUUUCAUUGUGGUAACCUUUGGCAUUACUCUGUACUACAUGUUCGAUGUACCUCUCGACUUCAGUGACAAACCACAUAUUGCCAAAGCAUCCCAAAUUCCUCUCUUCUUUGCGACUGUCAUCUUUGCCAUGGAAGGUAUUGGUGUAGUAAUGCCUGUGGAAAAUUCGAUGAAAAAACCUCAACACUUUUUGGGUUGCCCUGGUGUCUUAAAUACUGCCAUGUUUACAGUUGUUGCACUGUAUGCAAUUAUUGGAUUCUUUGGUUAUGUCCGUUAUGGCUCUGAGGUCAGAGGCAGUAUUACAUUGAAUUUACCAGAUGGAGCACCGCUGGCAGAUGCUGCAAAAUUAUUGAUGGCCAUUGCCAUUUUGUUUACCUAUGGCUUGCAGUUCUAUGUUCCCAAUGAUAUCUUAUGGAAGAAAAUUAAUCACAAAUUUGAUCCUGCGAAUCACAAUAGAACACAAAUCCUACUAAGAACUGGCAUUAUUCUAAUAAGCGGUGGGGUAGCCGCUGCCAUACCAAAUUUGGAACCUUUCAUUAGUUUGGUGGGUGCAGUGUUCUUCUCAUUGUUAGGCAUUUUUAUACCCAGCUUUGUGGAAACAGUUUACUUAUGGCCAAAUAUGGGUUUUGCCAAAUGGAAGCUGAUUAAGAAUGUCAUUCUAAUGGUGUUGGCCAUUGCCGCUUUAGUAGCAGGUGCUACAGUCAGUAUUGAAGAAAUCAUUGAUUUGUACAAAUAAUUUCUACUACCUCCUGAAAACGCACACACAAAAAUCCCAUAUCUAUACCACCAUCACCACCACUACUGCAACUAACUACCAUGUACUUAACAAGAGCGAGCACCUUGAGAGAAUAGCUUUUUUUAUUCUCCCCAGGGCAGGUCGGUAUUUUUACUAGAGAAGUCAGUCAAGACUUUUCUUUCCGCCCCUCUUGGUAUUUUGUAAUAUAAAGUAUUCGUAUUCCAUUAUUAUUUUGUUUAUUGAAACAAAAUUAUUUAUUAUUGUAUAAUGUUUUGUUUUUCUUAAUUUUAAUUAAUACGAUUCUGUAAAAACAUAACAAGUACUUAUUGUAGUUAGCUAUUAUAGUUGAGGAGCUUUCUGUUACUGUACAUUUAAUAAUAGACUGCCCUUGUAAAUUGAUAUUAUUUCAUAGUUUCUUUGGUAGUUGUAAGAGUUUUGAUGUAUGUUUGUUAUCGACCACGAUCAACAUAUUACAUACAUACAAUCCGAAAAUUGUGACAUUUUGUACUUAAGCUAGGAUAUUAGAGUUAAGAAAAGAAAUUCCUUGGAUUAAGUUUUAAAAAAGAGAAAACAAAAUCAUGUAUGUAACCAAACAUUUAAUACACAUAAAAAAAAGAAA